GUCGUCCUUCUGCUCGCGCUGUGCUUCUCAUUCUACAAGCAACGACUGUCCCGGACACCCUCGUAGUCAUGAGCGAAUACAUCGACUUUGGCAAGCGCAGCUUGUGGAUUUCUGCAGCUAGCAUUGUGUUCAACCCUACCUUUUGGAACAUUGCGGCUCAACAAGAAUACCACAACAAGGUCAUCACAAAGCUGUUCGGUGGUAACUCACGGCUCGGCUGCUAUGCGCUUGCUGUGGCCAUUUUUUCGCUGGGUAUCUUCCGAGACGCCCUGUACAAGGAUGCCCUUGGGGACCAACCUGUGCAUCCGGCGCUCUUAUCGCCCGUCGUUAAAUAUUCGGUAAUCCCGCUUUUCCUGACUGGAAACGUCCUGGUGCUGUCUUCCAUGUGGGCGCUUGGUGUGACUGGUACCUAUCUCGGCGAUUACUUCGGCAUCCUCAUGGACGAGCCUGUGACGAGUUUCCCAUUCAACGUGUCGAGCUCUCCCAUGUACCACGGCUCUACCAUGUCCUUCUUGGCGACUGCACUAUGGUACGGCAAGCCGGCCGGCAUCCUGCUUUCGGGACUGGUAUCUGUCGCAUACUCGAUUGCAUGCAAGUGGGAGGACCCAUUCACGGCCAUGAUCUACCAGAAACGGGAAGAGCAGAGGGCCCAGGGCAAGAAGGGUCAAUAGAGACUUUGUCUGCACAGCCGGCGCAAUGGAUCUGGUCCGCGCUAGACGAGACUUGUCAUAGGACAUUUGGCAGCAUACAUGUCCUGUGACGGCCGUGUGUCGGCUGCAGCGCAACCGAGAGAGAGGCGGAGCACUACGUAUUUUCAAUACGACAGUCGAGCAUGGCCUUGAGAAAUAUCUUGAGGGGUAUUCAAGUGCCAGCUGGUGGAAAAGGGAUAUAUAGUAGCAUUAAAAGCACAGUUGAUUUGCC